AGAUGAACGAAAGUGACAUUUAAAAGGUUGGGACAAAGCUUUCAAAGACAGAGAUGUUCAACCAUUUCGUCUGGAUAACGUUAUUGUUUUUGGAGAAGAAAAAAAACGUUACUGUUUUCAACAAGCAACUGUCUUACAAAUAGAAGAAACAAAGAAACAACUUUUAAAGAAUAUGAAAUGGUGAAGAUGUCCUCAAGAACUUGAAGACAAAAUCAACUUGUUGACAGCCAGACAAGUGUUUAACUUGCUUGCUGAUGUUAACGAUGUGAACACAGAUCGCUUUGCAAUCUAAUGGACCGCAAGGGACCCGUCCGUCACCAAUAGCUGAUAUAUUUCAUACAUUUUGGACCGUGAUAUUACUAUUACUUUAGCUCGUUAGGUAGUUAACUAACUCGGCAGCUGUGAACUUGUGAACAGAGCUUUCUGUCUGAGUUAACAAGAGAGGCAUUAUUUUCCUCAGUAGUUAUGUUUCCGUUAGAUUCGACGUGGAACAUUUCCUUUGCAGGUUGCGGUUUCUUAGGCAUCUAUCAUAUCGGUGUAGCGAGUUGUCUACAGGAACAGUGUCCGUUUCUAGUGCAUAAUGCCCGGCACAUCUACGGGGCAUCAGCUGGGGCGCUCACCGCCACUGCGCUGGUCAGCGGAGCUUGUUUAGGUGAGGCAGGUGCCAACAUCAUUGAUGUGGCCAAGGAUGCCCGGAAACGUUUCCUGGGUCCUAUGCACCCGUCCUUCAACCUGGUAAAGAUCAUGCGUAACAUGCUGUAUAAAACGCUGCCACCGGAUGCCCACCAUCGUGCCACAGGGAGGCUGGGCAUAUCACUCACCAGGGUGACCGACGGAGAGAAUGUCUUGGUGUCCCACUUUAACAGCAAGGAGGAACUGGUGCAGGCGUGUGUCUGCAGUGCUUACAUCCCUGUGUACUGUGGACUGAUCCCCCCUACACUGCAGGGUGUGCGUUACGUGGACGGUGGUAUCAGUGAUAAUCUGCCUCAGUAUGAGCUGAAGAACACCAUCACUGUGUCUCCGUUCUCUGGAGAGAGUGACAUCUGCCCUAGAGACCGAUCCACCAACAUGCAUGAACUACGAUUCACCAACACCUCCAUCCAGUUUACUCUCACCAACCUCUACAGAGUGUCCAAAGCUCUGUUUCCCCCUGAGCCACAGGUUAUGAAGGCCAUGUGUAAACAGGGGUACAAAGAUGCUCUUCACUUUCUAAAGAAGAACGGACUGUUGAAUCCCCAAGGACCCCACAGACCUCUAAUAGCCGACGGUGAGGAAGAUGAUGACGACGAUGACGAAGAACACGAGGAGCGGCUGGUACAGAACGAGAUCAGACCCAUUGGGAAAGAGUCCGUGGUGGCCCCCGCCGAGUCCAAAUCCAACAUCGAGGAUCAUAUCUUUGAGCACCUGCCGCCCAGACUACACAAAGCUUUGGUGGAAGCCUGCAAGGAGAGAUACAGUCUGGGCCAGUCGCUAAGCAACCUGCUGCCAGUCAGGAUGGCGACGGCUAUGAUGCUUCCAUACACCUUUCCCCUGGAGUCUGCUCUGUCUAUGACUGUUAGACUGUUAGAGUGGCUGCCUGAUGUUCAGGAGGAUGUGGGAUGGAUCAGGGAGCAGGUCGUUAAGGUGUUGCAGUGUGCUGUGAGCCGGGCCACCAAGACUGUCUCCAACCACGUCUCUGCAAACUGUUACUACCAGUUGGAGCUGCGUCACUGCCAGUCCCUGCCUGCCCAACUCAACCCUGCCAGACUGCUCCCUAGCUGGGCGAGUGGAGGCAGCUCCUCUGUCCUGGAUGUUAUCAGUCGCCUGGACCAGUACCAGAGGCAGCUGCUGCCGGGCUCUUUCUGUGUCAACCUGGACCUCCACGGCGCCUUAUACACCAGGGGGACCCCAGGCCCAGGAAGAUGCCCCGAAGCUGGGGAAGGAAGUCCAGGACUAGCUCUGACCCCUAUAGACCCAGAGGAGGUCGAGGGGAUGGGGCUGAUGAUGAGGAGGCUCAAUGAAAACCACAACUCUACUCCAGCCUCACUCUAACAUUAUAAUGUAUCCCUAAAGAAAAGGACGAGGGUGGACUGUGAAUUAGGGCGUGUCCAGUGGGUAAAUUAGGGCAUGCCCAGAGGGUAAAUGAGGGCAUGUCCAGAGGGUAAAUUAGGGUGUGUCCAGAGGGUAAAUGAGGGCGUGUCCAGAGGGUAAAUGAGGGCGUGUCCAGAAGGUAAAUGAGGGCGUGCCCAGAGGGUAAAUGAGGGUGUGCCCAGAGGGUAAAUUAGGGCGUGUCCAGAGGGUAAAUUAGGGCGUGUCCAGGGGGUAAAUUAGGGCGUGUCCAGAGGGUAAAUUAGGGCGUGUCCAGAGGGUAAAUUAGGGCGUGUCCAGAGGGUAAAUUAGGGCGUGCCCAGAGGGUACACUGAGCCAAACCCGCAUUCAGUACACCGAGCCAAACCCACGUUCAGUACCCCGAGCCAAACCCACGUUCAGUACCCCGAGCCAAACCCACGUUCAGUACACAGAGCCAAACCCACGUUCAGUACCCCGAGCCAAACCCACGUUCAGUACCCCGAGCCAAACCCACGUUCAGUACCCCGAGCCAAACCCACGUUCAGUACCCCGAGCCAAACCCACGUUCAGUACCCCGAGCCAAACCCACGUUCAGUACCCCGAGUGCAUAUAUUUAAUUGUACGUGACCCCAGUGGGAACCAAAGCCAUGAUGACACUGGCAUCGCUGACACCACACGGUUACUAUUAUUAUCAGGAUUAUCUUAAAACUACAUUGUUAGUCAGACGGACAUUUUCACUGUGUGGUUCUACACCUGUUGUCUUCAAGCGCAUGUGACAAAUACAAUUUGGUUUGAUUUCAACUCAACUGAGCCACACUGGAUCUCUAGGAGCUGUUGGUAGCUUUUAGGGCCCUAGUGGGAUGUCUAUUAGGAUCACAGACUGUCGACGCCUAGGAACCUACAGGGACCUUCGACAACCUGUCACCGAUCUGCAGAAUCUCGUCUGUACACACAGCACCUUAGAAUGACUUUUAACUUAUUUUCAUUGAGUUGUUAUCCGUCCUCAGACUCUGAUCACAAGUCCGUCAGCUCAUCGUUACACAGUGCCUCACAGUACUUUGACAUUCAGUACCAGUUAAAAGUUUGGACACAACUAUUCAUUCAAGGGCUUUUCUUUAUUUUUUAAACUAUUUUCUACAUUGUAGAAUAAUAGUGAAGACAUCAAAACGAUGAAAGAACACAUGUGGAAUCAUGUAGUAACCAAAAAGGUGUUAAACAAAUCAAAAUAUAUUUUAGAUUUUAGAUUCUUCAAAGUAGCCAAACUUUGCCUCAAUGACAGCUUUGCACACUCUUGGCAUUCUCUCAACCAGCUUCAUGAGGCACCUGGAAUGCAUUUCAAUUGACAGGUGUCUUUUUAUUCAUACCUUAAAAUGACUCCCUUUUUGUUGUACUGUUCGUUCUCAUCUCUUUUUAACACGUGCCUUAUAAGUGCUUACUUGCAUCAUUAGGAUGUCCAGCCCUGAAUGGACAUCUACUUCUCUUUAUUGAUUUGACAUUAUGACAUCACCGAGGCCCCUGUUGCUUCACUAGGAGCUAAAAAGGAAUGGCUGUGUUCCAAACGGUACACUAUUCCCUACAUAGUGCGCUACGAAAUAAGUGGACUUAACAGGGAAUAGGGUGUCAUUUGAGUGGCAUACAACGGACUCUAUUUUUUAACAAGACAAUUGUAAAUCUAAGCACUGGCAGUAUCACUAUAGGUUCAGGGGGGGGGGGGGGGGGGGGGGGGUCAGAAUGUUUUUUUUUUUGUGCUAUUUUUCACAACUGGAAUUAUGGGCACAGUAGCUGGCUGUGUUGCGAAUUGAAUGAACAAGUUGUGGGUGUGUGUUGAGGCUUGACCAAUCAGAACGUGCUCCAUAAAUAAUGUGGUUGCUUCAA